GCUCCCGCCCUUCGCCGCGCCGCCCCCAGGCUGUGUCGGCGCCAAACCCGAACCGGCCGGGCUGCCCCGCCCCUCGCCCGGCGCGCAGGACCCGCCGCCGGAAGGCCCGCCGCCCGCGCCAUGUCGAAGAAAAAAGGACUGAGUGCAGAGGAAAAGAGAACCCGCAUGAUGGAAAUAUUUUUUGAGACAAAGGACGUAUUUCAAUUAAAAGACAUGGAGAAGAUUGCUCCAAAAGAGAAAGGCAUUACUGCCAUGUCAGUUAAAGAAGUUCUUCAAAGCUUAGUUGAUGAUGGUAUGGUUGACUGUGAGAGGAUUGGAACUUCUAAUUAUUAUUGGGCUUUCCCAAGUAAAGCUCUUCAUGCCAGGAAACGUAAAUUGGAGGUUCUGGAAUCUCAGUUAUCUGAGGGAAACCAAAAGCAAGCAAAUUUGCAGAAAAGCAUUGAGAAAGCUAAAAUCGGCCGAUGUGAAAUGGAAGAGCGAGACAUGCUUGCAAAAGAGCUUUCUUCACUUCGAGACCAAAGGCAAGAGCUAAAGGCAGAAGUAGAAAAAUACAAAGAAUGUGACCCACAAGUGGUGGAAGAAAUACGUCAAGAAAAUAAAGUAGCCAAAGAAGCUGCUAACAGAUGGACUGAUAAUAUAUUUGCAAUAAAAUCAUGGGCCAAAAGAAAAUUUGGGUUGGAAGAAAAUAAAAUUGAUAAAAAUUUUGGAAUUCCAGAAGACUUUGACUACAUAGACUAAGAUGUUUGAAGUUGGUGAAAGAUCUAUAUGCAUAUGUAAUUUCUUAUGAAUGUGUAAAUUUUUUAUAUUGUCCAACUAAUUGUAUUGAACUGUCAUUACUUGUAACCAUGCUUAUCAUUUUGUUAAUUUUAAAUAAAGUAUAAAGUAUAGA